AUGCGAUCAAGGUCUCGAUCGUGCUCGGACUUGUCCAUAUCAUUGUCAGCAUCGCCGUCAACAUCGGAGCGGGAGGCGCCGAGCUUGCCGCGUUCACCGCCGGCGGCAGGGCAACCGCCGCUUGUUGGUGCUCUGCUUGAGUCUCUCUCGUUUCGGAGUUGCGGAUUCGGGCGUGCCUCGUCCUCGGUGUUUGAGAGGCAGGAUCUCCGCCUCCGAGUCGCGCUACCGCAACGCCUCCGCGACGCUCUACAUGCUGCACUGAAGGCGAGGGACCCAUCGGCAGGCGCCUUCGCAUUGAAGGAAGCCCCGGGGAUCGGCGACGUGACCAACCCCUGGCUGUCCCUCGCUCCCGAAGACGCCCCCGAGAACCCCCUAGUUGCAUUCGUCAACCCACGCAGUGGCGGUCGCCUCGGCCCCGUCCUCAAGUCCCGCCUCCAACAGCUCAUUGGCGAAGACCAGGUUUUCGAUAUUACGAUCGUUAAGCCAUCUGAAUUUGUGCAAUAUGGAUUGGGCUGUUUGGAGCAACUUGCUGAUUCAGGGGAUCAUAGUGCAAGAUCAGUUCGCAAUAACCUGAGAGUCAUGACAGCAGGAGGUGAUGGUACAGUAGGUUGGGUACUGGGAUGCUUAGGAGAACUAUAUGUACAGAACCGGGAACCGGUUCCUCCAGUUGCUGUCAUACCCCUUGGAACAGGAAACGAUCUUUCGAGGAGCUUUGGUUGGGGUGCUUCAUUUCCUUUCUCAUGGAAAACAGCCGCUAAACGAUCUCUCUACAAGGCUAUUUUGGGCACAGUAUCAUGUUUAGACAGUUGGCACAUCGUCGUUUCUAUGCCAGAAGAAGGAGAAAAAGAACAAGAACUGAAUCUUCCUCACUCCCUUAGGCACCUCGGAGAGUGUACAUUUUAUGAUGAUGGCACUGCUGAGGGAGAGUUGCCUGAGACAGUUUGUUGCUUUGACGGCGUGUUCUACAAUUACUUCAGCUUAGGGAUGGAUGCUCAAGUGGCUUAUGGAUUUCAUCAACUACGUGGUGACAAGCCAUUCCUUGCUAGUGGUCCUUUAUCUAAUAAGUUAAUUUACGCAGGAUACACCUGCAAGCAAGGGUGGUUCUUUACACAGUGCAUUAGUGACCCUGAACUACGGGGACUCACAAACAUUAUUCGUUUAUCAAUAAAGAAGUUGGACAGUUCUAAGUGGGAGCACAUCCCUGUACCUUCAAGUGUAAGGGCUAUUGUUGCAUUAAACCUUCACAACUAUGCGAGUGGAAGGAACCCAUGGGGAAAUUUGAAGCCUGGAUACUUGGAAAAGAAAGGAUUUGUCGAAGCCCAAUCAGAUGAUGGCAUUCUUGAAAUAUUUGGGUUGAAGCAAGGGUGGCAUGCAUCCCUUGUAAUGGUUGAACUUAUAUCAGCCAAACACAUAGCACAGGCAACAGCAAUCCGGUUAGAGAUCAAAGGUGGCCAAUGGAGGGAUGCAUAUAUGCAAAUGGAUGGGGAGCCAUGGAAGCAACCACUAAGCACUGAGUAUUCGACAUUCGUUGAUAUCAAGAGGGUGCCUUACCCAUCGCUGAUCAUCAACGGUGCAGAUCGCUAA